CGCUGGCGCUCCGCCGUGUCGCUGCCGCCGCCGGCGCUGAGCGGGGCCGCCCGCCCGCCGCUCCCGGGAGCGGGGAAGAUGUCGGACACCAAGGUGAAAGUCGCCGUCAGGGUCCGGCCCAUGAACAGGAGAGAGCUGGACCUGAAUACCAAGUGCAUCGUGGAGAUGGAAGGGAACCAGACUGUGCUUCACCCGCCGCCUUCCAACGCCAAGCAGGGAGAAAGAAAACCACCAAAGGUGUUUGCCUUUGAUCACUGCUUCUGGUCCAUGGAUGAAUCAAACACCACAAAAUAUGCAGGUCAAGAAGUGGUGUUCAAGUGCCUUGGAGAAGGAAUUCUGGAAAAGGCCUUUCAGGGAUAUAAUGCUUGUAUUUUUGCCUAUGGACAGACAGGUUCAGGAAAAUCCUUUUCCAUGAUGGGCAAUGCAGAGCAGCUGGGUCUGAUCCCACGGCUCUGUUGUGCUUUAUUUCAGAGAAUCUCUGUACAAGAAAAUGAAUCUCAUACUUUUAAAGUUGAAGUGUCCUAUAUGGAAAUCUACAAUGAGAAAGUCAGAGAUCUGCUUGACCCAAAAGGGAGUCGGCAGUCCCUCAAGGUUCGAGAGCACAAGGUGUUGGGUCCAUAUGUUGAUGGCCUGUCUCAGCUGGCUGUUACAAACUUUGAGGAUAUUGAGUCGCUGAUGUCAGAGGGAAACAAAUCACGAACAGUUGCUGCAACCAACAUGAAUGAAGAAAGCAGCCGCUCUCAUGCUGUGUUCAAUAUUAUAGUGACUCAGACACUCUAUGACCUGCACUCUGGUAAUUCUGGAGAGAAGGUCAGCAAGGUCAGCCUGGUGGAUUUGGCUGGGAGCGAGAGAGUGUCCAAAACGGGAGCUGCAGGAGAGCGCCUGAAGGAAGGCAGCAACAUAAACAAAUCACUUUCAACACUGGGCUUGGUUAUAUCAUCACUUGCUGACCAAGCAGCAGGGAAAGGGAAAAACAAGUUUGUGCCUUACAGAGACUCUGUACUCACUUGGCUUCUCAAGGACAACUUGGGAGGAAACAGCCAAACUGCCAUGAUAGCCACAAUUAGUCCAGCAGCAGACAACUAUGAAGAAACACUCUCAACUCUGAGAUAUGCAGACAGAGCCAAAAGGAUAGUUAAUCAUGCUGUGGUGAAUGAAGAUCCAAAUGCUAGGGUCAUCAGAGAAUUACGUGAAGAAGUUGAAAAACUGAAAGAACAGCUCUCACAAGCUGAGGCCAUGAAGGCACCAGAACUGAAGGAAAAAUUGGAAGAAUCAGAAAAACUAAUAAAAGAGCUGACAGUCACCUGGGAAGAAAAGCUAAGGAAAACAGAAGAAAUUGCACAGGAGAGGCAAAAACAGCUGGAGAGCAUGGGAAUCUCCCUCGAGUCUUCAGGCAUCAAGGUUGGGGAUGACAAGUGUUAUCUGGUGAACCUGAAUGCAGACCCUGCCCUCAAUGAGCUUUUGGUUUACUAUUUAAAGGAUCACACAAGAGUUGGUGCAGAUACCUCUCAGGAUAUACAGCUCUUUGGUAUAGGAAUCCAACCAGAACACUGUGAGAUUGAUAUUGCUUUAGAUGGAGAAGUUACACUCACACCAAAAGAGAAUGCAAGAUCCUGUGUAAAUGGUGCACUGGUAUGUUCUGCCACACAGUUAUGGCAUGGAGAUAGAAUAUUAUGGGGAAACAACCACUUUUUUAGAAUCAACUUACCAAAGAGAAAACGUCGAGACUGGCUGAAAGACCUUGAGAAAGAAACUUCCUUAGGAGAGCAUGAUCUGGAUGCAGCUAGUGAAGCUUCCUCAGAACCGGACUACAACUACGAGUUUGCACAAAUGGAAGUUAUUAUGAAGACACUGAAUAGUAAUGGAGAUGAAUUUCAGAUGAAUCUGCCAUCCUGGUGGUCUUCAGUGUUGUCAUCCCUUGUGAAGAUUCUGUUGCCCGUUUUAAGGCCUCAAACCAUCCCAUAUCUGUGUCAAAACUGGGACAAAGACCCGGUACAAAAUGUGGUCCAGAUCUUGGAGAAGCAGUACUUGGAGGAGAAGCGGAGCGCUCUGGAGGAGCAGCGGGUGAUGUACGAGCGUGAGCUGGAGCUGCUGCGGCAGCAGCUCUCCCCAGAGAGGCAGCACCAGCACGGCAGCGACAGGCUCUCCUACACUGCUCAGGCUGCACAGCAGAAAGUGAGCCUCUGGACAGAGGAGAGGGAUGAAUUGUUUCGACAGAGCCUGGCUAAACUUCGAGAGCAAAUAGUAAAGGCAAAUACUCUGGUGAGAGAAGCAAACUUCUUAGCAGAAGAAAUGAGUAAGCUAACAGAUUAUCAAGUAACACUUCAGAUCCCUGCUGAAAACCUCAGUGCCAACAAAAAGAGGGGUGCAAUAGUAAGCGAGCCUGCAAUUCAAGUGAGAAGAAAAGGGAAAGGUACUCAAGUGUGGACUAUUGAGAAACUAGAGAACAAGUUGAUUGACAUGAGAGACCUCUAUCAAGAAUGGAAGGAGAAAAUUCCCGAGAUAAGGAAGCUGAUUAGCAAGAGAGGUGAUCCUUUCUACGAAGCGCAGGAGAACCACAACUUGAUCGGCGUGGCCAACGUGUUUCUGGAGUGCCUUUUCUACGACGUGAAGCUGCAGUACGCCGUGCCCAUCAUCAGCCAGCAGGGCGAGGUGGCAGGGCGGCUGCACGUUGAAGUGAUGCGUGUCACCGGGUCUGUCCCAGAGCGUGUGGUAGAAGGAGAUGACUCGUCUGAGAACUCCAGUGAGAGUGGGAGUCUGGAAGUCACGGAUAACAAUGGAGAAAUAAUUCACAGAGCAAAAAAGCUCUCCUGCAGGGUAAAAAUAAAAGAGGCAACAGGACUGCCACCUAACCUAUCCAACUUUGUCUUUUGUCAAUACACAUUUUGGGAUCAAUGCGAGUCAACAGUAGCAGCACCAGUGGUAGAUCCAGAUGUGCCUUCACCUCAGAGCAAAGAUGCUCAUUUUACGGUGACCUUCUCUCACUGUAAGGACUAUGUGGUGAAUGUCACCGAGGAGUUUUUGGAGUUCAUUUCAGAAGGAGCUCUUGCUAUUGAGGUGUGGGGUCACAGGUGUACUGGCAAUGGCAGCUCUGUUUGGGAAGUUGAUUCUCUUCAUGCAAAAACUAGGACGCUGAGAGACAGGUGGAAUGAAGUAACUCGAAGAAUAGAAAUGUGGAUUUCCAUACAAGAAUUGAAUGAGAUGGGUGAAUACACUGCAGUUGAACUCCAUCAGGCAAAAGAUGUAAACACAGGGGGAAUUUUCCAGCUUAGGCAGGGUCAUUCACGCAGAGUUCAGGUGACAGUGAAACCCGUGCAGCACUCGGGAACGUUGCCUCUCAUGGUAGAAGCAAUUCUUUCAGUCUCUGUAGGUGGGGUGACUGCCAGAUCAACCAAACUGCAAAGGGGUUUGGACAGCUACCAGAAGGAGGAGGAUGAUGGUGGUGAUAUGGAUAGUUACCAGGAAGAAGAUUUGAACUGUGUACGAGAAAGGUGGUCUGAUGCAUUAAUAAAACGCAGAGAAUACUUAGAUGAGCAGAUCCAAAAGAUCAGCAACAAACAAGAAAAAUCGGAGGGUGAUAUAGAACGAGAGGCCCGGCUGGUGGAGCAGUGGGUAGGGCUGACGGAAGAGAGGAAUGCAGUGUUUGUGCCAGCACCAGGCAGUGGAAUUCCCGGUGCCCCUGCAAAUUGGAUUCCACCUGCAGGAAUGGAAACACAUAUACCUGUCCUCUUCCUUGAUCUGAAUGCUGAUGACCUCAGUGCCAAUGAACAACUUAUAGGUCCCCAUGCAUCAGGAGUUAACUCAAUACUACCAAAGGAGCAUGGGAGCCCGUUCUUUUAUCUGCCCAUCAUAAAGCACAGUGAUGAUGAGGUUUCAGCUACUGCUGCCUGGGACUCUUCUGUCCAUGACUCGGUGCACCUGAAUAGGGUAACUCCUCAAAAUGAGAGAAUUUACUUAAUAGUGAAGACUACAGUGCAGCUCAGUCACCCUGCUGCAAUGGAACUGGUAUUACGCAAAAGGAUUGCAGCCAACAUUUAUAACAAGCAGAGUUUUACCCAGAGCCUGAAAAGGAGAAUAUCCUUGAAAAAUAUAUAUCAUGCCUGUGGAGUGACUUAUGAAAUAGUAUCCAAUAUACCAAAGGCUACAGAAGAAAUUGAGGAUCGUGAAACCUUAGCUCUGAUGGCUGCAAGGAGUGAGAACGAGGGCACAUCCGAUGGCGAAACCUACAUUGAGAAAUACACUCGUGGUGUGCUGCAAGUGGAGAACAUUCUGAGCCUUGAACGACUAAGACAGGCAGUCACUGUCAAAGAGGCUCUCUCCACCAAAGCCAGGAACAUCCGCAGGAGCAUCAGCACUCCGAACGUGCACAACGUGUCCUGUAGUCGACUGGAUCUUUCUGCCUGUGAUGAAGAUGACAAGGGUUGGUCUGAAAGUCACCUAGAUAUAUCUGACUGUUGUUCCAGUUAUCAAGACAUAUCAUGCUAUGGUACUUUACCCAGGGAGUCACCUCGCAAGAGCAAAGAUGGCAGUGGUAUUGUAGCUGAGAAUUCCCAUGCUUUAAUGGCCAGCCCUUUUAAAGCAUUUUCUCCCCAACCACCAAAGUUUUUCAAGCCCUUAAUGCCAGUGAAAGAGGAACAUAAAAGGAAGACCCCACUUGAAAGCCGACCUCUACUUAGUCAAGAGGACUCUGAGGAGGAAGACAGUGAGUUGGAGGCCAUUAAUAAGAAACUGAUAAAUCCACAAAGUUUUCAAAAUUUCCGGCCUUAUGUACCGGAGGAGUUUGCUGACUUCAGUAUUUACAAUGCUAGUCUGGAGAACAGAGAAUGGUUUUCCUCUAAAUCAGACUUCAUGAGCUCACGUGUUCUCGAGAAAGAGGUGUCCCGCAGCCCCACCACUAGCAGCAUCACUAGUGGCUACUUUUCCCACAGUGCCUCUAACGCCACCCUGUCUGACAUGCUUGUUCCCUGUAGUGACAGCACAGACCAGCUAGCCAGUCACACCAAGGAGCUGGACUCCAGUGAUCCCUCGGGAUCGUCCCUUGCACAUGAUUUAAGAUCUUCUUUGAACAAGGAAUGUCGAGAGUCAGAAAAGGAGUUGGCAAGAGAGAAGUUACCUGUGGUACCAUUGAAAGAAAACAGUGCCUUGACAGAGCAAGUUCCGCUGUCAUUCAGUGCCACUGACAGAGACUCUCAGCAGUUAUCCAGAGCUGGAUCCCUCUCAGCUCUAAGUUCCUUGGAUGGCAAAAACACCAUCGAAUUUUCAGCACGCGAGGUGACAGUUGAGCACACGACGGACAUUCUGGAAGAUCACUCCUUUACUGAGUUCAUGGGCGUUGAAGAUGGGAAGGACUUUGACCAUUCAACAGCUCCACAGUUGUGUUCCCUUCUGUCCUCUAAUGGAGCAAGUGCCUCGGAGUCACCCCGAGGCCUUGGCAAGGGGCAGAGCCUGUGCAUGGGCCAGCAGAGCUCUGCAGCAGCAGCAGGUGACAACUGGCUUGUGGAUGCUGUGGAAAGCCCUUUUUGUUCUGGACUGGUGAAAGACGCUUCAGACCCUGAGGCUUAUCCCCGUGCUUCCAUGGAUGAUUUUAUUACGAAGGACCACUUGGAUGGUUCAGAUUGUGAAGAAGGUGCUUCUCCAGAUCAAGCCCACGUCUUGCCAAGCUGGGUGGCCGUGGGCGAACAAGUCUGUGUUGGAAGUAAUAAGAUGGGCACAGUGAGAUACGUUGGCACGGUGGAUUUUUCAGCUGGAAUAUGGGUCGGAGUUGAACUCAAUGUUCAGCUGGGGAAGCACGAUGGAAUUGUGAAAGGCAGAGAGUACUUCCACUGCAAACCUCGACACGGUGUUUUCGUUCGUCCUGGGCGCCUCAGCAAAGCACCAGCUCCCGAAAGGAAAUGGAGUAGCACUUCCCGGUCUCAGGCAUCUUCCACUUCAGAGAAACGGAAGAGUUCUGUGCUUCAAGGCUCAUCAGCCACUCCCAAGACAGGAGGAGACGUCCUCUGCCAUUCAGGAGAUGCAGCAGCUUCUGUUUUUUCUAGGAAACAAGAAAACAGGAAAUCUUGGAUUAACUAAACCACAGUAUUUUUGCACUUACUACACACAUCACUGUGUAGAAAACUUUACGGAUUUUUGAAGCUAUUGUACAUUUUAACCUGUCCAUAUGGAAUGUGUAUUCUCUAGAGUCCUUGACUUAAUUCUCUAAUUUUUUAUAAAUAAUAUAUAUAUUAUAUAUAUGAAUGUGUAUCUAUAGUUUGUCUGCCAGUGGGCAGAUAUGGCUGCACACUAAACACAGUUAAAGCUGAUUGUAGAUAACUGAGGUACUGGACUAUUUGUUACGCGACCACUUGGGAGAUAUAUUUUAAACAACAAAAGAUAUUUUAUUGAGGAAAAACCAGGAUGUAAAUUCAUAUUUGGAAAAAAACCCCAAUUGCUACGGUUUGCUGUUCUUAAUUACCAAAGAACUUGUUUUAGACUGACAUAUUUGCUGUUUAUAUCUUUCUAUUGUAAAUGUUUUAACUGGUAACUUGGUGCCAUGUUUUUUUCAGUCACUGGGCACCGUGCAGCCUUCCGUGUUAAAGCACACUGAAAUAUCCAACUGCUUCAUAUGUUUUGUCUUCCUAGAGGCCUGCCACUGUGCUGACUUGGCAAUGGAAUGACUGACGAUGCCUGAAGCUAUGAGUCUGGCAUUUCACUUGUUAGCAAAGCCAGCUGGGCAGUUUGACUGCGGAGACAGUAUUACUGCAAGGGUGUGGGAGGACAACAUUCUGGGGUUUUUAGGGGGUUUUGGGUUUUUUGGGUGCAGGGUGGGGAGAAAUGGGAAAUAAAGAAGCAGUAAAUGGAUCAUGACUGCAGACUUUGCACUUGUUACUUGCUGGUUUAUUAUCAAGAUGAAAUAGAACCUGCUAAAGUAAUUUUAAUCUGUAAAGUUUAUUUUAAUAAUGGGAAUGAUGGAGGGAUUUAUGUCUGGUGCUCAUGAAUUCCUAAGAAGGUUGUUCCACAUGUAGAUACUGUAGAUGCCUGUACAAGCGUUCUGGAUAUUUGUAAAGCAACGUGGUAAAAAAUGAGUGAAGUGAUUGGCCUGCUGUAUCUUUUCUUUGUUCCUUAGCAAGCGAAUGAUUGAGAUACCUGGGACCUUACUGAAAAGCUGCUGUUCUUUCUUUGAUUUUUGUGUACAGGAAGCGGACUCUUGUAUUUUACUAUUUACUGUAAAGAACUGUAAUUUAUAUGCUGCCAUACUGUAUUUAAUUGGUGCAGACCUAUUGUGUGUUAGAAUACAGACUGUUUACUUGGGAUUUAAAAAAAAAAUAGCUUUGCUUGUGUUUGGUACAAUUAGGCU